AAAUCUAAGUGCAAAGUUUGCUCAGGUGCAAUACUCUUCAGGUCCUUCACCUCCUUUGCCACCGCAGUGGUUCAUUAUAGUCAUUCUUACGUUUCUGAUCGGAUCUUAGAAUAGGCUUGUAAGUUAAUUACAAGGAUUGAAGGAUGUGGUCAAGACACUUUCAUCUGUUACCUUGGUUGGUUUCAUUUCCUUCAGCCAAAGGAGCCUGUUUGAUCAAUGUUGCUAAUGAUUUCUGAACAAGGAGGCGAAAAACAUGAAGAACAGAGUCCAGUGAGAGGUAACAGAGCAUGUAAGUUAAGAGGCCCUCUCUCGGUUUCCAUUUGUUUGGACCACAGUAGAGUACACCCAAAAGAAGAAGAACACUAAGGCACCUGCGCUUCUGCUAGGCUUUUGUUUAAGCCUGAAGCUUUAGAAUCAAGCCUUGUUGUUUCUAUCAUGUGGGACUUCAUCUGCCUCUGGCCUUUCUUACUUUUGUUCCUGAUUUCUCUACUGUUGCGAUGGGAUAAAGGUGGUUAUUUUGUGAAGGAGGGAAUGAGGCUGGUGGCUUGGAAUAUAUGGAUCACAACCUGUUGGACACUAAAGCUUCCACGCCCUGUUCUUUUUAAUACUCCUGGAGACCAAGAGUCAGAAGUCAAAUUGGUCUGCAAGCCUACAGCUUUGGCCAACUAUAUAAAGCAGCACUGUCACAUUUUAAUACACUCCCCAGUGGCUAAGUGGCCAAGGACAGACCCCCAUCUGCAGAUUCUCUUCAAUUUGAUGUGGCCCACAGAGGAAGAUGGUGGAGUCUACUUCAAAAGGGAUAAUUUACUCUUACAGGAUGGAGGUAUUAUAGCUCUGGACUGGGCCGUUGGGCUGAAAGACCAGAAAGGUCAGGCCAAAAAGGACUGUCCUCCUGGAGGAAGAGUCUUAGGCUGCCAUACCAGCAACCCACCCAUCAUCAUUCUGAUCCCCAAUGCUUUGGGGAAGAUCACACAACACUUGCUCAGCUUAUGCUGCUUAGCUCUGCAACAGGGUUUCUACCCUGUGGUCUUUAGUCGCCGUGGCCAUGGUAGCUGUCCACUUACUACUCCACGCUACCAGCAGUUUGGGGAUCCCUCUGACCUGGUGCAGGCAGUAGCAUAUUUACGAAAUCGCCAUCCAUCCUCUGUCCUGCUUGCCGUCAGUGAAGGCUCUGGCUCUGGCCUGCUGCUGUCUUACCUUGGGGAAUAUGGAUCAUCCUCUUACCUGGUAGCAGCAGCUUGUAUUUCACCAGUGUUCCAUGGACAAGCGUGGUUUGAGACGCCGCUCCCUUGGCUUUAUAAUGAGGCUGUCCUGCUCUACCGCAAACUGCAACUCAGCAGGUACGCAACGGCUCUAAGCUCAGUUAUGGACGUUGAGACAAUCCUCCGCUCCCGUUCCCUUCAAGAUAUGGAGAGGCUCAUAUUUUGUUCAGCCAGGCAGCAAGAUAACAGUGAGAUGGACACACUGGACCAGGGCAGAGAGCAGAGAUCAAGAUCAUCCAUGAAGUUUGACUGGGUGGGUUACUGGGAUCGUAAUGAACCUUUGCGAGAUGCAGAUGAAGUAGCUGUUCCUGUUCUCUGUUUAUGUAGUAGCGAUGACCCUCUCCUGCCUCCUUCUUCAACCCUGCCCAUAUCCCUCUUCCGGAAUAGUCCCUAUUUCUUUCUGGCUCUGACAACUCAGGGAAGCCACUGCGGAUUCAUGCAGGAGAAACAUGGAGGCACUGGGUCCUGGAGUCAUGAAGCAGUGCUUGAAUACUUUCGGGCUGUGGGAGAUUUCUUCAAAGUGGAGGAGAGGAACUUUGUCAUGGAAGGAUUUGUUGGACAGGGUGCUGUUCAAAGUCUCAGGCAAAGGACAUGUACAGUGUUACCCAGAAAGAGGAGAGCAGUCAUGUUCAGGAGAGAGAGGCCUGUCUUUGGUCCACAAAGACAACUCUCAGUUCAUUCAGGGCUGGUUCCAUUUGAAGAAGAGCACGACACAUUCACUUGGAACAGAUCAUACACUCGCUGAGUGUGUAUGUAAAAUGAAGAAGGGCAGAUGCAGCAAAUAUGACCCAGCACAAAAGGACUGUACUGAACCCUACAGUCCACUAGAGCAGUUUGAGAACAUUUUGCUGCUGCUUCUUCAGGCUGCAGGACCCAAUUUCUUGACAAUACUACCUACAGAACACUCAAACAUCCUGAAUGGCACAGGGCUUAAUAACACUGCCUUCCAGUCAUGCACAAUUUAGUGAUUUCCCACCUAAGCUGAACAAACUCAUUUGUAAGAUUACACUGAUGGGGAUCUUUUAUCUUUAAGCCAGUGGGGGCAAAAGCAAAGACUGAGACUCGGAGAGUCCGACAGAGCAACAGACCCUUCAACACAUAGUUCUAGGAAAGAAAGAAAACUAGCACUUCACCCCAUUUCAGGAGGCCUGUGCAUUAAUUGAAACAUCGCAAAACAUAUUGUUGGUUUUCUCCCUCCCACAAAGAAUUUUUCAGGACCAUGAUGUACUAAAAUUACUUUAUUACAGUUGAUUCUUGAUCCAGUAGCCCUCUGCCAACAAAAGGAGUAAUUACAAACAAAACAUUACAUUUGUCCCCUAACGGUUUCAGAAUUUUUUUGUUUACAUUUUAAUUCAGUUUUUUUCUUGUUAUGAAUAGCCAUACAUUUGUUGUAAUCUCUCCAACAUUCAGCUUUUCACAAUCUAUACAUUUUAAUACAGGUUAUAUAUGGAUUGUUAUGGUAAUGUUGAAGCAGGAAAAAGGAAAAUAAUGACCAUUAAAAUAAAGCAUUUGAAGGAAUACUGGUAAACACACUGUACAGAGACGUACCCCUUGCUUUGUUAUUGCCCAUUCCCCUUGUUCUCACACUUUUGAAAAGGGUCAUUAAAACAUGGGUAUAAUAAGGGCUCCAAUGUGACACUGUAUCGGUUACACUUCUACAAGGGGGCACACCUCCUCUCUCUUCUAAACAUACUGCGAAGUCCAGCUCCAGCACUCAGGCAGGAUGGACCUUCUUACAAGGGUGACUGACCUUUCUUAAAAGGCCUGGCGUAAUAAACAGAUGAGCUCGUGUAACAUUUGUGUAACGUUUGUAAGAUUUUUAUGUCUAUGGCUGCUCUGUGGAUACCAACAGAGCAAUGAGAUGGCUAAAUGGUUUUGGCAUGUUGCAUCAGAACGCCAUGGUUAGUUUAGUUUCUCCUUUAUUUGGCCAGGUCCUUUGAGGCCUGAAAGAAUAAUGGCUCAGUUGGCUUGCGAUAUAGGCUAGUUAAGGUUGAGCUUAAUGGCAUCUCUAUGUAAUCAGUGAUGCCAUGCACACAACAUGUACCAAGCUAGUUUAUAGAUGACAGCAUAGACACUUAAGCAUUCAGAGCUUGGGUCACUGUUCAUUCUUUAGCAGAGAUCAAAAAAGUCAAAAUAAUUUGACAACCAUGAUGGCAGUUAUGGCUUCAUCUCAUUCUGAAUGCGAUAAAACCCUUAAGAAAUGUGAUAAAAGUAAACUUCACAGAUCUCUCUGUGGCCACUGACUAUGAGAGAACAAGAGAAAAUAGGAGGGACAGAAUCCAGGCAGACAUACAGUGAAUAGCGACACUGUCAGUGGAGGGAAAAUUCUAAUUAGGAUUGUGGAGGUGUGGGGUGAAUCAAAGGUGUUUCAGCUGUGCUUAAUCCCUGUGAGACUUUGCCUGAUAUUUUUUCUUUAAAUAAAAUUAUAAACCAAGCUGGUUUUUCUUUUUGUCUUCACAUUCAAGCAGUUAUUUUUUCUUUAUCUAGUUGGGUUUAUCUUUCAUAAUUUUAUAUUUCCUUUUUUUAAAUUUUCUAAAUGUACAAUAUACACAAACGUUUCCUAUACAUCCCACUUAAAGCUGUCUUCUCACUAUAUCUCUUUGACAUAUCACACUGUUAUAUAUGCUUUUCUGACUUUUAAUUUUUUCUUCUUUUAUCACUUUUGUACACAUCAUUAUAAAUGCUCGGUUGAGGGAGGCUGUUAGGCGGCAGAUGCCGAAGCUCUGGGAUGGGCAUGAAAGUGACAAAGGCAUUGUAGGGGCGACAGCAGCGGCACCCACUCACCCCAGCAAAAACAUUCAGCGGUCGCAAGCCUGCCCAAAACAUACCUUCCCACCCCCAAACCCACACAUUCUGCCCUGAUGCCAGGCCUGGGGAAGGGGCAAGGGGAGCAUCAGAGGUCCAAGAGAUAAAGGGGAAAACGAACAGCAGACAAAAUGAGAGAGAUAAUGGCCUUUUUGUCUGUUUCAUCGCAGACAAUAAAAGCUUCCUUGUGCAUAGCUGGGAUGAGUGUUAACUUUGGCAUUCUAAAUAUAAAUCUGAUAUUUGACUGAUAUCAGUCAAUUUUUCCAUAACCCACAUCCAUUCAUACAUACAUAUUUACACAGGUCAAUUUUUUCCUGACAUUCCAUUUG